AAGGCAUCCAUAGUUCCGGGAUAUCAGUUUGAAAUGCCUUUUAGAAAUCUGAAUAUCUUAUCAAUAAUUGUCGUAAAGCUCACAUAACGGAUUAUAAUGUUUGGGACUGUUUAUUUUUUAAUAAUACGGCUGCAAUAAUGAUGUGAAAUGAACAAGUUUAUCUUGUUUGAAAAUCGUGAACAACAAAUUGUUCAAUAAAAAAACUCCACUGCAUUUACAUGAAUCCUGGAAAAGGCAAAAAGACAGACUUCUGCAUGCUGGUCAAUUAAAAAGUAAAAAUAUUAGUUUAAAACAGAUUUGAAGUUUUAUUUAUUGCAUGAUGUAAAACAUUCUUCGGAAAAAUGGAAAUAGAAAAUACGAGGAGCAUUAUGAAAGGAAAGACUGUUACCAUCGACACUAAUGCAAAUUCUGAAAAACGAGCUGUACCAAAGGCUCCAAACGGAAGACCAACCGAAGCUGUGACGUCAUCGGCCCGUCGCUGUGCAUCUUGCGGUUUGACGUCAGUUAAUUUUAUUGCGUCAUUCACCGUUCUGCUCAUAGCAACAGUUUCGUUCAUCGUAUCCAUGGCAACAAAGAAUUGGUCGGCGAGUGGGGCUAGUAUGAAAAUGGGUCUGUGGGAUUUUUGUGUUAAAAGAGUGGACAGUGCGGCUUGGGAAUGUUUUCCCGUCAAUACAGACUUCAGCGUGGCGACUCAGGCUUUCUCCAUACUGGCGGCCAUGUGUUACGCUUGCCUUUUCGUCCUGUACUUCCUGUGCGUGGUAUUUCCGGCGCUCCACAAGGCCCGGCCUCUAGUCAUCGCCAUGUGCCUCGCCGCCUUUGCCACAGUCAGUCUGCAAAUUAUGACCCUAGUAGUGUAUGCCACCAAAAAUCGGGAACUGUAUUCAAAGAUUGAGAAGAACUAUUUCCCAGGCGUAGGAUUAGAAGAACUGUACCUGUCAUGGUCGUAUUACUUCGCCAUUAUUUCAACGUUGAUGAGCACAGUGACGGGUGCACUACUGUUCGUGGAGUUUAAGAAUCUGACUUUCAAAAGUUUAUACGAUCUGCCAGUUGAACAGAAGAGCCAAAACUAGACUUUGAAUGUCGGCUCAAAAUUCAGAAGACACUGAAAAACUGUUGUUAAAACCCCAAUAAAUAUCGGCACUAAAGCAGUUAUAUUAAUAAUGGUAACUUAUUAUUAUUAUAAAUUAAACUUCACAUAACUUUUCAAAAGAUCAUUCUUCCUCAAACCACUCCAUUUUUUUCAAAACCUAUGCAACUUUCUUAUUAUAAAUUUAUGAAUAUAAAAUCAGUUGUUGCAAUGACGUUACUUGUGUGAAAUGAAUAGAAAAAAUUAUAAUACUGAAGUUCAAUUUACAUAUAUCUGCAAUUGCAAUAUAUUUUAC